AUGACAGACGACACGGAGUUCGAACAGUUCGAGGAGACCAACCCAAAGAUUAAUUACAAGGUUAAGGCUAAGAAAACCUUAGAAGAAUACAAGAAAUUAGAUGCUGAAGACGAAUCAUUGGCUAAAUGGAAAGAGUCACUUGGUUUAUCCGACGAUAUUUUGCCACCAGAGUCCUCAGAACCAGAUAAGAAGGUCGUAAUUAAAUGCAUUCAAUUGUUAAUUGAUACUGAACCAGAACCAAUAACAUUUGAUUUUUCCUCCGACCAAGCAAUUAAAGAAUUGGCAUCCAAAAGGUAUAAAAUUAAGGAGAAUUCGGUUUAUAUGCUAAAAAUUAAGUUUAGGGUACAACAUGAAAUUAUUACUGGCUUGAGAUAUGUGCAAUAUAUCAAAAAAGCAGGUAUUGCAGUGGAUAGGAUUGAUAACCACCUAGGCUCUUACGCCCCUAACACUAAACAAAGGCCAUUUUACGAGGUGGAGUUACCUGCAAGUGAAGCUCCUUCUGGAUUUCUUGGAAGAGGGAACUAUAGUGCAGUUUCAAAGUUCAUUGACGAUGACCAGAACAAUCAUUUGACAUUAAACUGGGCUGUGGAGAUCACCAAGAAAUGA